AUGGACCACGGCAACAUGGGUCACGGCGGUAUGGACCAUGGCGGCAUGGAUCAUGGCAACAUGUGCAACAUGAACAUGUUGUUCACCUGGGACACCAACAACCUCUGCAUCGUCUUCAAAUCCUGGCGCAUCACCUCCACAAUGUCUCUGAUCUGGUCUUUGGUUGGCGUGAUGCUACUAACCGCCGGCUACGAACUCGUGCGCGAAAUGUCUCGCCGCUAUGAGGCUAAAGUACAGAGGGAGAUUGAUGAUAUGCCGAGACGCAACGCUGCCGACGCGUAUGCAAAGUCGAAAACUAUCAAGGCUGCUCUAUAUGCCAUUCAGGUGUUUUAUUCCUUCUUUAUCAUGUUGCUUUUCAUGACUUAUAAUGGUUGGAUCAUGUUGUCUGUUGCUGUGGGUGCAUUCGUGGGUUAUUUGGUGUUUGGCAAUUCGACUGUUACAAAGAGCGCUGCUUGUCAUUGA